AUGGACCCUUCCGCUCCCGACACAAGCUCGGAUGGCCUCUUUGAAAGCAAUUUCCCUCCCUCCCCUUCCCCCGCUUCGAGGCUCGCCUAUCCUACUUCGCCCAAGGACAUGCCCACUGGAUCUCAACUCGCCUUCCGUCCACCACCUCGUCCCGGUUCAUCACUACGCAAGGGCAGGAAGAGCGAUUUCAACACUCCUGCUCCACCUCCGCUUCCCACAGCACCCAUCCCUGUGUACGAGCAUCAACCUCUCUCAGACGCUACCAACCUGGGCUCGCAUCGCACCAUGUUUGACGAAAAACACAUGCUACCUUCGCCCUCGCGUUCCGUGGUUAGGUCCAACAGCCACCGCUCCUUCGAGAAUGGAAAAACCGUCGAUAUGACGCGUCUCGUGCGUGAGCGAUUGCAAGUGCUACGCGAGGAAAACGAGACUCAGGUCAACUCGGCUGGUCUAUUGGGACAAGGCUUGCUCGGCUUGCGCAGCAAGAUCGAGUCGCUCAUGGACGAGCUCGCAGAGGAGCUAAGUGCAGUCAACGACCAGUCCGAUGGAAGUCAGGGCGACAAACCCGCCAACUUCAGGAUCCGUGAUUUGAACGAAAGGAUCGAAGCCGAGAUUGAAGACCUCGAAAGGCAAAAGCAGAAACUCUUCUCCGACAUCACCGUCCACAACGUCGAUAUCACCAACGCCGACGCCGCCGCCGCCGACGCCUCCAUGCUGAGUCUCUCCGAAACGCCUUCCAAAGCAAGCCGCGUUGCCGAUGCCAUCCGCAACCUCACUGCAACGCCGGGCAAGUCGCCAGCUCCACCGACCAAUGCUACACCCAGGCAUACAGAUCGACGCAGCCGCAACGCUGCUGCUCGCCAGGCCAAAGCCGACACGGACCUCAUCAACGAGAUUCAAGCCGGUCUCGUGCAGGAGGUGCGUCGACUUCAAGGCUUGCUCAAGGAACGAGACGACCAGCGCGUCUCACUCGAACGCUCGCAUGCCGAGCUCGAAAAGCAACUCGACCAGUACAAGCCUCGUGUCAUCCAGAUGACCGAGACCGAGGAUGCGCUCAAGCAGGAGAAUUGGGAUCUCAACGUAUCCAAGCAGAACCUCGAGGAGCAGCUCAGCGAGAUCAAGUCUACACUCAAAAAAGCCGAGCUUGACAAUGCGCGCCUCACAAAGGAAGUCGGCAAGGCACGCGAGACAGUCGACUUGCAGCGUCUACAAAUCGAUGGCCACGUUGCCGAGAUCGAGCGUCUCAACAAGUCGCGCGAGACCGAAAUCGCCCUGGCCAGAAGGGAGCGUGCCGGCAUGCAGCGAGACGUCUCGGACCUCCAGAGCGAGCUGCAGAAGUUCCGCAACCAGCAGCUUAAUGACCGUGGCGGAGUUUCGCGUAGCGUCUCUCAUAGCUUCAUGUCCGACACCCCCCAAGACGACAACGCUGAAGCAGAUGCUUUGGCCGCACGCCUGCGUGCUGCUUCUGCCGAAGCACCUCGCUCGCCCGGCGAUUCGGUCUACUCGGCCGACGGUGCCGUGCUCUCGCCUCUAGGCAAUCGUCUUGGACGCGACAAAGAGACCCAAGAUCUGCGCGCCAAACUUGCUCUUGCUCAGCGCAAGGCUGGCAAGGAUGCUGCCGAGAAGCGACGUGUCCGCGAAAAGAAUGCCGAGCUCACCAAGCUGCUCGUUAAGGCGGGCGUCAAGGUUCCCCAGGGUCUCGAUGACGAUGCAGAGACCAGCGAAGACGAAGAGCUCCACUGGCUCGACGAGAACGACGCCAACAGCCCCGCCGCCAAGCGUCUCUCUCACAUCCGCCUCAGCCGUCCAUCAUCGCUGCGACCCAGGUUAGGCCGCAAGAUGGGUAUGAUAUCGAGCAACUCGACCGACUCGAUCAUCGAAUUUGCAGAGUACGAAGACAAUACGCAAAUCCGCACGCCUGCUGGUCCGGACGAUGCUUCGCCGUCGCGCGCCAGCCUUGAUGGCAUGGACCCGGCGUUCGCCGAUUUCGAUCGGCCCGACGCUGCCAAUGCAAGCAUUGGCAGUACAGCCUCUCGCAACGCCCCCCGUGGUCAUCGUUCGCGCACCUCCAUCGGUAGCAGCCCGCUAGCUCGCAACGCUCAACUACCGGAGAUGGCCGACGGGCAAAAUAGUCCAUCGCAGCAACGCGAUCCGCCCAAGGCAGGACGACGUAGUGGAGCUACUGUGCGACCGGCAUCGGCUGUCUUUGAACCUAGCGCGCUCGGCAGUGAGCUCGGUGGAUUGGCAGCUGAGCUCGAACAGCAAGUUGACGUUCGGGAGAUGUUUGAGUCGAGCAUGCAAACCGACGCCCUGCCUGACCUAGUGACCCCAGCGCUAGUCAAGCUAGAGGAGCAACACAAGGCUGAGCUCGACGCUAUCCACAACCAACAUGACAACACCAUCGAGACGAUCCACGCAGAGCAUGCUGCAAAGAUCUCGACGCUACAGAGUCAACAUGCUCAAGCUAUCAAAGUGCUCCAACAAAAUCACGAGGAUCAGAUUGAUCAACUCUCUUCUCAGCACGAAAAUAGCCUCGCUGAAAGAGACGAAAAUCAUGCAGCUGCUCUGGAGUUAGCCUUGGUCGAGCGCAACAAGGUCCACGACGCUGCUAUUGCAGAGGCCCGCUCGCGUCACUCACGUGCCCUGGCAGAGCAAGUGGCCGCUUCGAGCGCCGCUCUGGCCGCUGCCGUGGCGUCGCACAAGACUUCCAGUGAGGACUUUGAGCGCAAGGUCAAGGAGGAAAAACAGCGCAAGGAGGAAACCCAUGCUUUUAUGCUCGGUCAAAAAGAGCGUCAUCACAAGGAAACGCUCGAAGCGCUCCAGGCAUCGCAUGCUGAAGCGCUGCAGAGCCUGCGCGACGAACACCACCAGCUGCUCUCCAUCCGAGAAGCCGCGCUCAAGGAGGCCAAGCAACAGCUUGCCGAGCGAGAUACUUUGAGCAAGGAAGCAGCCGCAUCGCACGCCGCCGAGGUGGCUAGGCUCAACGAGCAGCUUCAAGCAGCAAUUGGUCAACACGAAAAUGCUAUCAAAGAGCUUUCCAAUGCGCACGCUUCUGCCCUGGCUGAAUCACAGGAUCGUCACCGCGAGGCGGUUGCAAAGCACCAAAAUUCGAAAAGCGAGCUCGCCGCAGCUCAUGCGUCCGAGCUUGCUGCGCUGCAGGACGGUCACCGUGCCAAACUGGAUGAGCACCGAAAUUCGAUCGAGGAGCUCGUCACUUCGCAUGCUGCCGCCCUCUCUGUGCUUGAACAGAGUCACCGCGAGGCGCUUGCGACUCGCGAUAAUGACUUGCAGGCUGCAAAGCAAGAGGUCGACGCACGCACCAAGGAGCUGGCAGCACGCAACCAAGAGCUCGAGAUGCGGACUAAAGAGCUCGGAGCUGCCAAGGCCGAGAUCGACGACUUGCAGAAGAACAUCACUGCCCUGCGCGCCGAGAUGGAACAGCUCAAGCAGCAGCUCGCCGAGCUUCAAAAAUCGCACACCGCUGCCAAACGAGAACUUUCGGAGACCAAGUCGAGUCUCGACAUGGUCAACGAUAAGGUCCGAAGGCAGGAAGAAACGGCUCGUGAGCUCUCUCGACAGCGUGAGGCCGAGGCUACAGCUGCCGCAGCCGUUGUUGCCGCUCGGUCCCAGGCGCUCAACGACACGGCAGCUAAGAAGGAGCAGCUCGAAGCUGCUCACGCUGUUGCUGUAGCUCAGAAGGAGCGUCAACACCAGGAUGCGGUCAAGGAGCUCGAAGACCGCCAUGCCUCGGCAAUUGCUUCGAUCCGCAGCGAGCACAAGCAGGCGCUCGAAACACGCGACCAAGCUGUGCUCACGCACCAGCAGUUUGCUUCGCAGCGAGAGAAAGAGCUCGAGGCAAAACGCACCGAAUUACAGAAGGCACAAGCUCAAGUACAUUUGUUGCAAGAGCAGCUUGUCAGCGAGCGCGAGCGUGCCUUGGAGCAGCACCACAAUGAGGUCGACAAGGUGCACGCGCAGGUCAAGACGCUCGAGGUACAACUCGUCAGAGAGAGAGAGAGCGCCGUCGAAGAGCAACGCAGCCGGGUCGAAAAGGUACAAGCUCAAGUGAAACAGCUCGAGGAACAGCUAGCAAGCGAACGAGAACGUGCAGUGCAACAGCAGAAGAUUGAGGUGCAAAAAGUUCGGGUGCAGGUUCAGUCUCUUGAGUCUCAGCUCGUCAUGGAGCGCGAGCGUGCUCUCGAAGAGCAGCGCGUCCAAGUCGCCAAGGCCCAGGCUCAGGUGCAAGCGCUCGAGCAACAAAUCGAAAAGCUGCAGACCGACGCUAACACCUCGCAGCAGUCUCGCUCGCUGGCAGACACCAGCCUCAAGGAAGCGCAAACGGCUCACUCGGCUUUGCAGAAACAGCAUGACGAGCUCAAGGGAACUGUCACCUCGCUCCAGUCCAAGGUUCGCUACCUCGAGUCGUCGAUUGCCGCGCAGCGCUCGUCUACAGAGCAGAAUCGCCUUGCCUCGGACAAGGAGCUGCAGAUGCUCCAGUCAACGCUCAACACGGCUCAGAAGAAGGUGCGCGAGCAGGAGGCAGCGAUUGCAAAAGCAGAAGCUGCUGCUGCUGCUGCCGCUGCCGCCGCUGCAGCCGCAGAGGCACAACUUUUUGCCAAGAAGGACGACACCGUGACAGACAUAGAGAACGAGGCCGACGACUUCAAGGAUGCUGUCGAGGCAACCGACGCUCCAGCAGCUGAAGCCAAAAAGGGUCUUGCAGAGCCCAAAGCAACUCGUGUCGAGUUGAAGGAGUCGUCUUGCCAGACCGACGACGAGGUGUGGCAAUUGUUCCAGCAGCAACAACAAAGCAACUCAGUCGUGGCAGCUUCGGCUGCGUUGCCAUUGCAGCCCACGAAGGAGAACCUUGGCGCUUACAACAAACUGGUCAUCCUUGGUAACCGUGCUCGCGACUCGGUAGGCACGUUCGGAGGUGAUCGUGCAUCGUCGCCUGUCACUGUGCACUAUGGUGUAGACACGUUUGGUAGUCAGGCGCAGAGUCGCAGGCCGUCGAUCGACUCGACGGCGUCGCGUCUUACGGACAGGUAUGCCUCGGAAUCCAUCCCACCCGUACCAUCUCUUCCAGACAAGACCAAGGCACCGAUUUUGUCGAUGCCGCCUCCUCCCUCGAUGCCUCCUCCUUCGACGGUCAAAAGAAACGUCUCGGCGGCGGCUGGUGGUCAGGCUCCACCACGUCCUACUUCGCCACCUCCGGCUGACCUGCUUACGCGUGCUCAGCAGAUCCAUCUGCAAGUGCCUCCUGGUUCUGGCGAACAGCCUCGUUCUGUUUCGCGCGCAUCUGGUCGCAGCGGACCUCCCCCAAGUGCCUACCCGAUCAACAGCCGCGCUCGCCAGCAGAGCUCUGGUACGGGUAGCAUUCGUUCACGUACCUACUCGAACGACUCGACCAACCCACAGCCAUUGGAUAGCAGCAUCUACACAAACUUGGCCUCAGGUCGCAAGAGCAUUGGCUCGCGCAAGUCGGCUGCGCGACGCCCCGCUGCUGGUCCGCGUCAGUCGUCUUCUGCCUCGUUUGUGUCGGACGUCACCUCGGAAGUCAGCCGGCGCCUGUCGAUGAUGUCGUCUGCUGUCUCGGACGUCGACGCCGGUGACGAGACGUUUGUCGUGCGCGGACCCGGUGCUGCUGGCAAGGCUGGUCAGCGCGGACUUGGCGAGUUAGGUGCUGACGCGACGGACCCUGCUAUCAUCCACGCCAUUACGCAAACGAUGAUCGGCGAGUACAUGUACAAAUACACGCGCAAAUCGAUGGGACGUGGUGGUCAUUCGGACAAGCGCCAUCGUCGCUACUUUUGGCUGCAUCCGUACACCAAGAUGCUCUACUGGACGAUUAGCGAUCCUGGUGGAGCCAAGGUGUCGGAGGGUACGAGCAAGAGUGCGCCUAUCGAGAGCGUGCGCGUGGUCGAGGACAGCAAUCCGUCUCCUCCGGGCCUGCACUGCGAGAGCAUUAUCAUUACAACAGCUUCGCGCGAGGUCAAGAUCAGCGCUCCGAACCGCGAGCGACACGAAGCAUGGCUUGCGGCGCUCGAGUACCUGGUGCAUCGUCCAACGAUCCAGGACGCUACGGUGAUCGCCACCAAUGCUGCGCCGGAGCUAAUGAGCGAUGCUGAGAACGAUGCGGCGCUAGUGAUGCGAAGCGUGGGGCGUCGAGCCAAGCCGCGUGCUUCGGUCACAACGCUGGGUAGCACAUCGAUGACGGGACCGCGUAGGCUGUCGGGACAGCGCAGCUUUUUGGGGCGCCGAAUGUCGGAUCUCGGGGUGGGGACCGAGUCGACGCCUCGUCGACACGGCAGCGUAGGGGCGCAAAGUGUACUGUACCCUUCGUUGGGCAAGCGACGCGACGUGGCUGCCAAGGAAUGGCUGCAACAGCACGAGCACGAACGCGAACUGUCGGUCUCGAUGAGUCCGAGCCGGAGUGUAACCAAUGGCGUUUACCCUGCGAGCGUGCGCAGUGGAGAUGGAGCAGAGGAGGAUUUCGAGCUGUUGGAUUUGACGGCUACUCAAUCGCCGAUCCGUCGCGCGUUGGCGAAUGAUGAUCCACGUCUCAAGACAGCCGAGCAGAUGCUGGAGGAGGACGAGCCGGAGGAUUGGGAUGGACUGACGAAUGUGCGAGCGUGCUGCGAUGGCAAGCACGAUGUGGGAUCGCUAGCACACCAUCAUCACAGUCAGGCUGGAUCGGGGAGCGGCUCGCGAAAGUCUUCGCGUCUUCACCAUCGCGAAACGUCGGGGGGAUCGCGAAUUUCAUCGAUGGGGCUCAAAUUGAAGCUGGAUGCGGCAGUGCGGGCGAGUGAAGAAGGCGAGCAGCACCAUGUACCUCCGCCCGUGCCAAGGUUGCCGGCAUCGCUGUUGCCGACGGGGACAACGCUGGCGAAAAGCAUGCUGGAGCGCGAAAGCACGGACAGCAAUCACUCGAAUACGAGCAUGUUUAGCGGUGGCGCAAGCGGUGCAGCGCUCGAGCCGAGCCGGACUGCUGGUCGUGCUGCAACCAUGACGAUGGGACCCACUUACGGCCAAAGGGUGCAGCAGAUUCGCAAAGCUCGAAAGUCGGCUAGCAGCAGCAUUGGUGGGCGAUAG